AUGGCAACACUAUCUCCACCCUCAUCCUCUAGCAACGCUAGCACUUACACCGAAUCCAGUAGUCAAGAUGUGGAGCUCGAAGGCCCCUCGUUCUCCCCUUUACUUACCGAUGACCCCUGGCUGCAUACGCCGCUGCCACUCAGAAUUCUCUCGCAUCUGCACUCGAUCCGGUACUGGCGCCGCAAGAUCCGCGGCUUCCUCGCCGGCAUCGGCCCCAUGCUGAAGACGUUAGCGCGACUCAUGGCCUUCGCCGGUACACGCAGGGUGAUGACGACAAUUAAGACCGCCUACCACGACUGGCCGAACGGCGAGCGUACGGCCCAGAGGCACUUUAUAGCGAUCAAGAACGAGUACUUCAUUCACCUCUUCGAGUAUAUCGCACUGCGGGACGAAUACCUCCUCUUCGCCGGCGAACUGAAGGAGACGCUUGGCGAUCCGCGGUUCGAAUCACAAGGGCCGGGGGAUGUGCUGGCGCACAUACUGCACGCGCAGCUGGUGAAGGUGAGUAUCGACCUGGACAAGAGGCUCGUCGAGGCGAGGGAUAAACUACGCUUCGCACACCUAGCCGUCAUCGGCUUUUACGACUACAUUGGACUCCUGCGGAAACGAAUGAAUGGCAAUAUAGUGGUGCCCAAUCCGCUCAUGCCUGUGGAUGAAUGGGCCGCGUAUACAGAGCCAGUGUGGAUGGCUGAACUGGCGGAUCUCCAGCCCGAGCUGGAGAACGGCGGGUGGUGCGAGGAGAAGUACGGGCAACUUAGGCAGAACGAUUGGAGGAUGCAGGUGUGGGAGGCCGAGUGGUUGGCUCUACCGGAAGGCGAGAGGCAAAAGCUGUACGGCUGUCGCGGGAGUGGCUGGUGGAAGUCCGAAGAGGAAAGAGAAGGUCCGGAAGCGGAUCGACGUAGGGCGAGUGAAGUCAAUUGGCAGGCUCAUCAUGUUCCCUCGUGGGGAACGAGGGUGUUCAACGCUGUCAUGUCCAGGCAGAGUACAGCUAGAAUCGGUGCCAUAAUAGGCACCGGUGAAUCAAAGCAGAGCAUAGCCGACCUGCUCAAGAAUGCGAGAAUACCACAGGACAAACCCACGAAAGGACGGACCAGUCGUGCGAUGGGUUGGCUGCCGAUGACGGGGAAACGACACCUCUGCGAAACGGAGGAUGAGUUCCUCGCGAAUCUUGGGCCGGUGCUGGAGCCUACAUGCCGGUCCGCCACCAUCAACGACAAAUUCAAAUCCAAGCGCAUUGAAAACAACCCGAAGCUCGCUCUGGAAUAUCUUACGGGGCUCGGCACCGACAAUUGGCGCUGGCGCGAUGUCGUAGAUGAUAGUGAUGGCGAUCCGGCUGCCGCAGGUUCACAACAGGACCGCCAGGGGAGCGACAGCCCGGAUAAGACGGUGGAAUUCCUACAACCAACCUCCCGUCGGUUUGUCUUGGAUGAUAGCGACGGAAGUGAUGAAAAUCCGGCUGCCACAAAUUCCCAGCAGGACCGCCGGAUGAGCGACGACCCGGAAGAGUCAGUGGCGGCCGUCCUACAGCCAGCCUCUAGUCGGUUUACUCUCGAUGAUAGUGAUGGGAGUGACGAUGCAAAGACCACCAACUGA